CCACCUCCUCAGUCUCAUGACCCAUCACAGAUUGUCACGUUCAUGAAGUUCUUUUAUAAACAUUGCUUCAACUUUCACGACUGUGGAAAAAACAAGCUUCUUCAGAAGGCACUCAUCUUUAUGGAUCAACCCGGCAUCAACGACUACAAGCAGGCCUUCUUACAUGGAAAAUCUAUUUCUGAGGUGUCCCAUCUCGUGCCUGAAGUGGUGGAGACCAUUAAGAAUUCAGUAGAAAGACUCAUCAAAGAAGCUGAAGCAAAAACUGUUGUGGUUUCUGGAAUUGUACCCAUGGGCUGCUUUCCGGGUUAUCGGACUCUGUUUCCUGAGGGCGAUUCAAUUGACAAAAGCAGAUGCCACAAGGGACUGAAUAUGUUCGCAAAGCUUCACAAUGAUCACCUUUGGCAAGCAAUUCUGGAGCUGCGUAUGAAAUACCCUGAUGUUCACAUCAUAUAUGCAGAUUACUACAAAGCGUUCAUGGCCCUUCUAAAGAACCAUACCUUUCUGGGAUUCAAAAAGAAUACUUUGAUGAAGGCAUGUUGUGGCAGUAGUGAUGGUCUGUUCAACUUUGAUGUGCAGAAGAAGUGUGGAGAUGAUGGAGCAGCAACAUGUUCUGAUAGGGCUUCUUAUAUACAUUGGGAUGGAUUUCAACUGACCCCUGAGGCUUUGGAGAACCUGAUUGAUACACUCUUCAGCCAUAAAGGGUUCAUAUUUCCAGAAACCAAGUUUGGAGAAGAUACGGCAGCAUUAGAAGGGCAUCAUUCCAGGAACCAUGGAGGAGUCAAAGACAUGUCUUCUAUUGUGAGGCAUUUACUCUUCGUCUAAGAUAGUUGUUUAUGUUCAGUUACAUCUCAGCAAAUAGUAUGGGUUCAAAGAGUAGGCCCUGAGUGAUUCAUAUAUAUGUACAGGGGAAUGCUCCUCUUAGCUUCUGUAACAACUAACUAUACUUUUGAGUUUUAUCAAAUAAAAGUAUCCUGAUUUGAUUCAAACAUUAUUCUAGAGAUGAUUUAAAUGCUUAUUAAGUACUCUGUUUAUCUUGUUGUGUUAUCUUUCAACCUUAUUCUUAAGCCAGAGAUUAACAACUAAGGGUUUGACUGUUCGUAAGAAGCUUAGAAUCAGAAAGGACUUAGAAUGGUGGAUAACUCAAAUGCCCUCUUU